AUGGCACUCUAUCAAUCUUUGAGCGUUGACGACAAUGAAAUUCGGCUCCUGAAGUUGCACUUGGGGGUAGCUGACGAUCCAUUGAGAUGCACACUUUUACAAUCAUGUGAUGAUCACCAUCUACCAUACGAAGCACUGUCGUACGAAUGGGGUGCCGAGCCUUAUGAGAGUCCUAUCGCAGUCAAUGACAUUCCUUGGAAAAUAUCCUCGAACCUCUCUUCAGCUCUGUACCAGUUCAGAUACCCUGAUCGAGAUAGAAUACUAUGGACCGAUGCUCUAUGCAUUAACCAGGUGGACAGCGAUGAAAAGAACGGCCAAAUUCCUCUCAUGACAGCAAUCUACCAACAGGCACAACGAGUUCUCAUUUGGCUCGGCGAAGAAGGACAUGACAGCGACUUAGCCUUUGACACGCUCAAUAAACUUGGAGGUGUUGAGAAACAAUUCUCGGUCACUAAAGCACACAGCCCCAACAGCCUCAAUUCCCGUCAAUGGAGAGCCCUGGAGCACCUUUUUACGGAAAGGACAUGGUGGAAGCGGGUUUGGAUCAUCCAGGAAGUGGCUUUUGCUCGAGAUGCAAUUGUGCAUUGCGGCUCGAAGUCCAUGCAUUGGGCAACUCUCCAUGAUUUGUGGAGGCAAGAGUGUUGCCAGAGGAAUGCCCGUUUGCAUUAUCUCCUGGGUGUCAGCGCGAUUCCAUUGGAUAUGGUAAGAGGCACGGUCAGGAACCCCAUGCGCGCUCAGGGAUACGAAGAUAUUCAAUCAUCUCUCCUGUGCUUGUUAGCGAAAUAUCGGACAUGGAAGAGUACUAAACAUGUCGACAAGAUCUAUGCCCUCUUUGGGCUUGCUGGAAUCUCGAAAGAUCUCUCCAUCGUACCCGAUUACAACAAGCCAACGGCAGAUGUGUUCUGUGAUGUGGCCUUUGCAAUCAUAGAGUCGGAUUGCAACCUUGAUGUUCUCUCGCAGGUCCAUCGUGUUGAAGACCGAGAGGCUGGCUGGCCUUCUUGGGUUCCAGAUUGGAAAGACGACGGAAUCAACUACCUCACCGACAUAGAUGGCGGACUCAGACCAUUUCAUGCGGGAGGCAGAUGGACGGCUUCCUACGCACAGUUUGCUCCUGAUUCUUCAGGAAGGCUACGAGCUGGUUGGAGACAAACGAUCGACUAUGCACGGAGUGGGGCUUGUGAUGGUCUUGUUCGUCGUCCUAUUCCAUCCAAUGAGUUUGGCAACCUGACUAGAAGCGCUCGUCCUGAUCCAGCUGCAAGAACUUUGGCAAUUGUGAUGGUGGACGGAAGAACGGAGCUAAGGAAUCUCGACGAGCCCCGGUCCUAUGCCACGAGGCUCGAACAGAACAAACUGGAAGUCAGAGGCACUAUUUGUGACGUUAUCCUCCACGUCUUGCCUCCGAUCCCAAAGGAAGAAAUUAGGACUGAAGGUUGGCAAUACUUCUUCCGACGAUGGCUCGAAGUUGCCUUUCCCAGUGGCGAUCGACCUUUGCCCAGCUAUACGGUCGCAGGCAUCCAACUCUUCUUGCUCACUCUCUUCCAUGGACAGAUGAGAUUCCUAGAGGACCAAAUUUGGUCCUUGUUAGACCCAAAUUUCAAACCCCGCUGUUUAGAGUACUAUGCCAGGAGAUUUCUGGUUUGGAUCGCGUUUCUUUCCGAAAGAGAGGCUGGACCUUCGCCUUACCCUGGCAUCCCGGAGGAUUUCAAUCGCUGGAUUGGGCCGAAUGUGGAUGGCUGGAGCUUUUGCACGACACUCAAUGGAAACUUUGGAUUGGUGCCACCAGGAACAAAAACGUUUGAUACUGUGUGUAUAAUUCUUGGCUCAAGUGUUCCGCUUGUGCUGAGAAGGUAUGAUGGGAGAGAGGAGUGGGAGCAGAUUGGCACAGGCUACUUUCACCAUUUAAUGGGAGGAGCAGCUGCUGAUCUGCUGACUGAUGGAGAUGCUCGUCCAAAUGAGUUUAUACUUGCUUGACCGAGAUUGGGUGAGAGUUUGAGUGGGGAUAAGGUUUUGGAGUAGAUUUGAAAUAUGGUCAAAUGAAAAAAGGGG